UUUUCAAAUAAUUUAAACGUCAAAAUUGAAAGCAUACAAUUUUAAAAACAUUUAUUAUUUUAAGUUUAUUUGAAGUUUAUUGAUUUUAAAGUGUUUAUGCAGUAUUGAUAUUCUUUUCUAUCCAACGUUUUGACGAUGGUCAAAUAUGGCUUUCAAUAACACAUAGCAGUUUCGUUGAAAAUGUCUAUAAAUGUAACCGUAACUGGAAACCCCAUUAGUAUUCAAAAAGGAAGAAUGGUUACAGCGAGUCCCAAUCAUUCCAAGAAGGAAUUCGAUAGGCGUAGAUUAAUCAGAAUAUCACAGGUUCGUCAACAAUCGAAAAACAUAGCAGAGGACGUUCGUAACAGAGUGAAAAAACAAAAAUUGAAACAGAUCGAAGAGAUUGAGAAAGAAGGCCAGAAAAAACUAAAACAAUGGCAAGCCAGAAAGCUAUUAGAACUUCAGAAUCAGUGCCAUGAAGCAUUGAAAGAUAUCGGAGCAGGCCAUAAGGAAGCUAGUCGGUUAGAAGAUGAAGAAAACUUGCUUUUGGAUAAAAGAAAAAAUGACGAAGAGUUGGCAAAGAAAAGAGCUGAAGUUGCUGCUAAGAAAAUGCAGGACGAGAAAAAUGAACUCAAACAUAAUGCAUCAGUACCAAUACUGAAAAGAAAGUUUGUAAGACAGAUGGAAAAUAGGAGAGCUCGUAUGAUAUCGGGUUUGAAACAUUCUUCAGAAUCGAUAAAGAGAAAGACUGUUGAUAAGUUAUCCAUUAAUACUGAAGUUUCAGGAAUAGUCACUGAUUCAGAUUCAGACUAUGAAGAUAUUGAUAUGACUCUUACUAAAGAUAGACGCCCUGAUAAUACUAUUGAGGUUGUGGAUAAUACAAAGAGUUUAACAAAUAAUCUACCACUAACUUCAGGUAAAGAAGUUGCCAAUGAUAAGCAAAAUCCUGCUGAAGAAGGAAAAUUAGUAUUAUCUGACAGUGACGAUCAACUGUUGAAGGAGCUCAGAGAACAGAAGGACACCAGAAUUUCCGAUCGCAUAAGAAGACGUAGUUCGCAUCAAUUGAUACAACCAGACAUAUGCGAUACUUUGACCAACGAUGAAAAACGAGGUAUGAAUUUGAAUAAAGGCUGUGGUGAACGAGAUUCGAAUAACUCCAGGUCGAAAGACAUGUUUUCUUCCAUUCAACAAAAUAUUUACGCCUGUUCGUGUUCGAAACCUUCCCCUGUAGUUCAAAGUCCAUCUUGUCGUUGUGGAACACAUCGAAUCCCUUCCGCUAGAAAACCCGCCGUGACGAAUAUCAACAAUUUAAAAUGUUUCGACACAACCGACGAAGAGGAAUCGUUCAGGAAAACCAAGGAAAAUCAACGGGGAACAAGAUCCAAAGCGGUCGCUCCUUCAUUUACCCCUAAGAAACGGGUACCGGUUAGAGAAAUUCCGACCAAACCCAAAGUUACCCUGAAAUCGGUCAAGAGUCCUGUCAGAUCAGGGUCCACUUCACAAACGUCCUUGCAAAAGAAGCAGUCUCAAUCGAAAUUCGUGGCUUCGCACGUGGAAAGGAUAGAUAGGGAGUGUCUCGUGAUCUCUCCGGAACCACGAAACAACGAUGAGUUCCUGGAGAAGGUGAGAGAGAGAGACAGGGAAGCGAUGAUACGUGGUCAGAAAGCCCUGGAAAAGGAGAGACUGCAACGGGAAUACAACGAGAUGAUGAAGAAACUUCCCGUCCUGCAGAAACUGGAGAGACUGUACGAAAUGAACGAGGAUAAACCCGAGUAUCACAUGACCGAAGACAGACUGAGGGAACAGGAGAAGAAGAAGCAGAGCAUCUUGGACGAUACCUACGAGAAGUUAUUCCCGGAUAGACGUCCACCUCCCAUAACGAUCCCCGUGAAAAAUCCGUCGAAAUCCACAGUCACCGACAAAGAAAAAAUAGAGAAUAGUCCAUCCUUGAAUUUGGGGAUUUGGGAGUCCGGAAGGAAAUCCAAAAAGUUGUACACCGAGGAGGAGGUGGAAGCAAUGCUACGCGAGGGGAAGUCGGAGAGUAAAUUCAAGACGGAUCAGUUGAAAUCGGUGCUGGAGAAGCUGAGGAAACAGAAGGAGGAAAUCCUGAAGGAGAUACAGACUCAGCAGUUAUCGGAAACGUUGCCAUUCUCGACGAGCGCGAAAGGCGACUCUAAAAGGGUUAGAAAUUCGUCGGAAUCCUCCGUAUCUAGCGAUACUUCGAGGAAGGGGAAGAGCGAGAAGAAGUUCGUUUCCGUGAAAGUAGGGACCAAUUCCCUCCAGAGCAGCUCGUCUUGCGACACCGUCGUCGAAGAACCCGCCGCGAAAAAAUCGAAAUCGACGAAACGCGCCGCGAGAUUCGAGUCCAAAUCGGUGCAGGUCGCCGGGAUUCCCAAAAAGCCGAAAUCGCCCACACAAAAAUCCCAAAAACGUCCGAAGAUUGUCGUCAAGGAACAGAAGACCAAGGAGAUCUCGAGUUCGAGCGAAAGAUCGACCGCCGAUGUGAAGAGAAGCAGCUCGGCGGAAAGCGCGAGAUCGAACCAGACCAAGAAACUGGCGGAAAAGGACCAUUCGCCAUCGGCGCCGACCAAUUCCUUGGUUUCCCUCGAUAGGGACCCCUCGAAGACCCAAAGUAACCAGAUAAAAAGUUGCGAUUGCGACAAGGACGCCGCCAAAAAAUCCGCUGAUCUUUGCGAGAUUGUCAUCAAAAUCAAAGACGGGAAAUCAUCGGAAGUGAAGAUCAAGGAGGGUAAGAAAGAUAAAACCGAGACAGUUCUCGAGAAAUCAAGUGCGAAGAAGCCCGAUAAACCUAAGGAAACCAAGAGUAAUCAGAGACUCAACGAGGUCAAGAAGGCGUUGAACGACGAUUGUUGCCGGAGUAAAGACGGCAGUAAACCCGAGUCCUGGCACGAUAAAUUCUUGAAGAAUAAUUCGCAAGUUUCGACGUCCAGUACUUCGUACAUGAGCCCUCCGCACCUUCCCAAUAAACCCGCGGAAAAACCCAGAGUAACCCCCUACUUCUGCGAUCUGAUCGGCAAGAAACCACAGCAGCUCAAUUUGAACUCAAUCCCCCCGACAACGAAGAAACCUCGCGAAGAUUUGCACAUCUUGGGCGAGGUCCAGAAGGUCCUGGCCAUGUCCAGGCAGAGCAUCGACGAACUGGGAGUCAGCUCGGUGAGUACCGUGACCACGCCUUCCCAGAGCGUCAUCGACUUGGAGAGUAACAGGCUGAACACGAGUACGACAGGUCUGAGCACGAGCAGAGCGGCCGAGUCCGGACCGAGUAACAGUCGAUCGACCGUGCCCAACUUCAGUUUCCUGAGCGUUUCCAGCGAAAACAGGACGAUGGUGGCCAGCGAGAUGGACAGCAACGAGCCGUAUCCGGACGUUCUGGCCAAAUACGCGAGGAUCGCCGAGCAGUGCAGUCAGCGCAUCUCCGACUUGACGUCCAUGAUCGAUAAGGUACGACAGGACAAGAACAAGAUGCUCCAAACGUCCUCGUUGCUGGUCGCGAACGACAGUUCGACGAAGUACAUGGAUCUCCCGAGUCCGAAUAAAUCGACUAGAGAUUCGACGAAAGGGCAGAGCUCGAUGUCCAGCAGCAGUUCUGGCGAUUCCAAGUUGCUCGACAUCAAUUUCAGCUUGGCGGAGAAACUGAGAGGUAUGACUCCGGAGGAAGUUAAAAAUUUCGGUAACGGUGUCGAUAGAAGCGAUUGUGUGGAUAAUAGUAAAGGGGAGGAAGAGUUGGUUAAGCGUUUCAGAGCUCUGAAGGAGACACCGUCGGUUAUCAACGAUAAGAGAGGAAAAGAAGUUGAAACAACAACAAAAACUAGUAAAAAAGAUGGAAGUGACGAUGUAACACCGCCUAAACAAUCAAACCCGGAAGGAAAUAUGGAUUUCGUCCCACUCCUACUAGAUAUACCCAAAAUGCCAGCUCUAGCAGUAGAUUCUUCAGGUGCAAAACAUAAAAAACCACCACCUUCUAAAAGUUUCAUGGCGGCGCGGAAAUUCACCGAUUUUAUCGCACCGCACGAGUUGUCAACAAUCCCGGAACAAGACAGCCAAAUGAAACUGGACAGUACUCUGAGAGAUAGAUCGCCUAAAGAACAAAGGAGAUCUGAAGUGGCUGAAACCGUGGCAACACCUAAAAAAAUCGCGCCGUUGGAGAACAAACCUCUUACGCAGGACAAUAACGUUAAAAGGACCAAAGAGAACAAUACAGCAGUCAGCAGGAGUAGCUCGUCGCCGCUUAUCAGCCAAUCGAAAAAUUCAUCCUCUAAAACGAAGGAGAGUUUAAAUAAUUCAGAUUAUUCCUUUGGUUCCUCCAAUACGUCGGGAGACGAAAAAGUUGAGAUGUUGAGAAUCGAGGCCAUGUUGAGAAGCAUCGGCAUGGACUGGGCUAUAUCGACUCUGAGGAAAACGCAAGAAGCACUCGCCUUAACGUCUAGUUCCAGUUCUAUAGACGUGAAGAGUCCGUCGAUCAUGAAGAAUCUGAGCGAUAGCGACAUCAAAGAAUACCUGUCGAAACAAAUGUUUCAAAAAAUAUCUUCGAGUACGCUGAGAACGGAUGCGAGUCCAGGUUCGCUCAACGAGAGUCGGGAAUUUUCUGACAUACGUCAUUCGGAUUUCGUUUAUAAGCAGACCUCGACUCCUGUGAACAGAAGUAGGGAACUUCCCAAAAGUCACGAGAAAAGUUCCGAUUUACCGUCGGCCAUCGAAUCCGAUAAAAUUUCCAACGAUUUUUUCAGCCUACCAGAACAUUCCCCUUGAUGGAGCCUUCACUUUAUGACGUAUUCUCCGAUAAUCAAUUUUAAUCUUAAUUAAAUGUACAGAAAUGACUUGCAAACGUCAAAUUUUAUUGUAUGUAUCAAAUUUUAUAUUUUAAAUAAAUUUUCUCUUGUAUAUAAGAAUGGAUGUCGAUUAUUUUGAUUAAGAAUAUCAUUGUUACUAAUCUCAUUUUUAUCGUUAUUGUAAGAUUGUAGUUUUAAAAAAUAUAUUGAUUGUAGAGAUCUCAACUAAACAGUGUUUUGUAGAUUUGUUAUUGCAUUUGUAAAAGAAAAUUUCCGUGAACUGUGAUAUCUUUUUUGAGGAAUAAAUGAGAUUUUUAUCCCAGCUCUGCUCAAAUAAAUUUUAAAUUAACA